AUGGUGCGACUAUCGAAUCCGCUGAAAUUUGGAACGGACAUUUGGGAUCCAAGUCAUCGAUUUGAGACUUCAUGGCUGCUAUCUCCCUGGGCGUUAUUUGCUUGUAGAGCAGCAAUUGUACGUUUUCUCUAUAAAUGACUAACGGUGUCUGUGGGAUUGUGCUAAUGUUGUUCUAGUCACUCUAUGCAUUUGCAACUAUUUUCUUCAUAAUGGGCUGGGAGGGAGGAAAUCAUGAUGGAUUGAGUGUGCACGACAUACGCAAAUCAUUUUCUUUCUUUACAGGUACGUCUCACCCCACACCUCUAAAUUGCGUAAUUACUAACACGAAGAACAGUUCUUUGCUACUGGGGCGCAGCAUUCUACUUCCUAGCUGCCGCAAUACACACCUUCUCCUACGCACUCAAUGGGGGAACACCCCUCCUAAACCGUCUUCCUCGACCCCUCCAAGCACUCCACUACCUUUUCUACUCCACCAUAACGACCUUCCCCUUCCUCGUCACGAUCGUCUACUGGGCCGUCAUCUUCCCCUCCAACGGCGCAUUUACAAGCACCUUCGGCCUCUGGUCCAACGUCUCCCAACAUGCUCUCAACGCCGUCUUCGCGCUCUUCGAACUCCUCCUCACACGCGUGAACCCACAGCCAUGGAUCCACCUCCUCUUCCUCAUCUUCCUGCUCAUUGGCUACCUGGGUGUCGCAUACAUCACUUACGCCACCAAGGGGUACUACGUGUACGGUUUCCUCGAUCCCCGACCGCGUCAGCUGAAUGCACAGGGUAGGAAUGUUGGUGGGGUCGGCAAAGUGGGUGUUGUGGGGUAUGUCCUGGGGAUUGCGGUUGCGAUUUUGGUGAUCUUCUGUAUUUCGAAGGGGGUUGCUUGGGUGAGGAAGUGGGCGAGUGAGAAGAAGUUGGGGAUGACGGGGAAGUUUUAUGGGGGGAGGGAUGGGAGGCAGGGGGAGGUUGAGUUGGAAGCUGUGAGGAUUUGGGAGAAGUGA